AUGUCUGAUUUAAAGAUCAUUUUUGAGUUUAAUCAACCUAAAAAAAAGAAUGUUGCUGCUGAAGAACCCAAAAAUUUGAACGUUGAGUGGCCGCCUCAUUUCGAUUUCGAAACAUUAUUCAGAAACCCAAAAAGAAAAAAAAGUUCCCCAAAUGCAUUCAUACUUUUUCGUAUAAAAUAUUUGGAGAGUCUUCAACAAGUCGGCGUUAAUUGGCCAAUGCCUAUUGUAAGUCGCAUGGCUGCAGCAGCUUGGAAACGACAAACAGAUGAUGUUAAAACCAAAUAUGAAUCUUUAGCAUGUGAUGCGAAUCUUCAUUGGGCCAAAUGGAAUCCAAAACCAAGUCGGGGAUCUAAUGUUAAAAAACCAGGCGGCCAAAGACGAAGAUCUCAACAGCAAACAGUAAACACAGUGCUAAAUUAUCCCGUUAGUUAUUCAUCACCAGCAUAUUUUGUUGAAGUCGAUACAUCCAACUCACAAAUAUUCGGAGCUGAGAUGAACUCCGAAUAA